AUUCCUGGGGACUUUCUCACCUUUUUAUGGUCUUUCAGUCUUUCAUUCAUUUGAAAUGAUAAACGCCAGCAGUCUCAUUAUGGAGCACUGCAUUUGGACUGAAACCAUACAGCUUCUCUGAGCUCUACCCAGCGACGGGGCAAAGUAGUGGCUUCUAGGAUUUACUGUAUCCUUGAAGAGCCCUUCGGACAGAUAUUUCUGCCCAAGAUGAUGAAUUCCUCGCUGGAUCCACUGAACCAGAGCUCUGCUGACUUCUCAAACUCAUCUGCUCCCUUUUGCUUACUUGAGAUAGGCUAUUCCCAGAUUUUCACGACCUGCCUCCUUGAAGUUUCGAUCAUACUUCUCCUGACUGUUCUCAUUAUUUCUGGUAACCUGGUGGUGAUUUUUGUGUUUCACUGUGCCCCUCUGCUCAGCCAGCACACCACCAGUGCUUUCAUCCAGACUAUGGCAUAUGCCGAUCUGCUGGUGGGAGUCAGCUGCCUUUUCCCCUCCCUGUCCCUACUCCAUCAUCUUCAGAGCUUCGAUCCCAAACUCACCUGUCAGGUGUUUGGGUACAUGGUGUCUGUUUUAAAGUCGGUUUCAAUGGCGUCUUUAGCAUGCGUGAGUGUAGACCGCUACAUCGCCAUCACACGGCCUCUGACUUAUGCAUCCCUAGUGACACCUUGUCGAGUGCGCUGCUGUAUUGUGUUGAUAUGGCUUUACUCUGCUCUGGUGUUUCUCCCAUCUUUUCUUGGAUGGGGGAAACCUGGUUAUCAUGGCGAUGUUGUGGAGUGGUGCGCAGUGGAAUGGAGGACAAGUCGGGCUUUCACAACCUUCAUUGUUACGCUGCUCUACGCUCCAGCUGCUCUAACUGUCUGUUUCACCUACGCAAACAUCUUCAAGAUCUGCCGACAGCACACCCGGGAGAUCAGUGAGCGCCAUGCACGUUAUGGACCUCAGCAACUGCAGGGCCCAAGAAUCGCAGUUGGCUCUGUGGUCAAGGACAACAGUACAGUAGAGCAAGGACAGUUACCCCACUUGUCCCAACCCCAGUAUCAGCAGUCCACAUCAGCAUACCCAGACAGACGUUAUGCUAUGGUGUUGUUUCGCAUUACUAGUGUGUUUUAUAUCCUUUGGUUGCCCUAUAUCCUCUACUUUCUGUUGGAGAGUGGAGGGAUCUACCACCACCCUGCAGCAUCAUUCCUUACCACAUGGCUGGCUAUUAGUAACAGCUUCUGUAACUGCCUCAUUUACAGCCUCUCCAACUCUGCCUUCAGGAAGGGCCUCAAACGUCUCUGCUCUUUCUGUUUGCAGCGCAGCGGCAGCAACUGUGGGGUUAGGAACACCAAAAAGGCUUUUUUUGGUUCUGCUGAAAAGGGGUGGGGAUAUGGUCAUGGGGAGAUGAGAACUGGUACAACAUGUCACGUGUAG